AUGAAGCUUUCUGCUGUGGUCUCGGCAACAUUCUUCACUGCCACUAUGCUGGCACAGGAUAUUGAGCCCAUUCUCAAUCUUCCAGCAUGCCCUAGAAGCUGCAUUUGGUCUGCCUUAAGCAGAGCAGGAGAGUUUGGCUGUGGCCCUACUGAUGCCAAGUGCCUCUGUCGCAGCACUGCGUACCAAAACGAAAUCGAAAGCUGCGCUACCUCCAAAUGCAGUGCUGGCGAAACCGAUCUUAUGCGCAAAGUGGGUAGAAAGUACUGUGAGCAGGCUGGUGCCCCGUUGCCCCCUGCGCCCGGGAUCUCACUCCUGUCGUCUACUGGCCAUCAGUUCCCUCGUUCCAUUUCCACCAGUGACAUCGAUAAUCCUUGUCCAAGUGGCACUGAUCCCAAUUAUCCAAAGUGUCCGUUUCCCACCGACAGCUCGUUUACUGUUAUCGGUCCAACUGUUACCUUUGCUCCCCGCCAAAACUAUUCCGCUCCAAACAGAGCCACUACCGAAUCGUCGCAACCACCAACAGGCAAAGAAAUUCCCGUUGGUUGUAUUCCACCCACAAUUGGCAUCGAACCGCCAAAAAACACAUCCUCUGCCGGAACUGGAUCUGCUGCACCAAUUGCAACACCUACAUCAAUCAUUCCCAUCAACACCCCUACUUCAAGCAUUGUUCUGCCUACCGUGAUUAAAGGUUCAAUUCCCAGCGGACCAAACUCAGCUCCACCUACUACUUCCAAUGUUGAAUCUGGCGAGCCCACCUUUACUCUUCCCGUCGAGACGUCCCCGGUCUUAGCUUCUUCGAACGCUGAACCAGAAAAACCUACUUCUACAAUUAAAGUAUACCAACCACCAGCCUCUGGCGUGACCGGGACAGACCAAAAUGAGCCUACUUACCCCACCGGCGGACAAACCAUUGCACCUCCCUUCGCUGGCAAUGCUAUCAAUACCCGUGCACACGUGUAUGCUGUUGUCGCUCCUCUCUUCGCCGCCUUGCUCUAG